AUGGCUCUGAUUACCGUGAUCCCACUUGUGGCUGUCGCGAUGGCAGAGAUGGCCUCGGCCACAGACUACCCCGCCACUUGGGCGCUCUCGGAUCACGGCACCGUCGCAGCGGCCAACGUGUACGCCAUCACCACGGCCUCCAACGAUGAUGCUAACUUCCCCGGCACCAUGAGCUCCGGUGAUGUCAACGGCGAUGGCGUGAACGACUUCACCUACGAGCUCCCGACUGGCACGCUCAACGUUCACUUCGGAGGUAUCUCCGCCGACCUGGACCUCGACAGCAUCACAUUCAGCGGCUCCAAUGGCUUCAGCAUCGUCACCGGCAACAGUGGCAACAGUUGGGGCACCAUUGCUGGAGAUGUGAAUAACGACGGCUUCAACGACGUGCUGUUCUACCACCAGGCCUCCGGAUCCGUCAAGAUCAUCUUCGGCAAGGCAAUUGGGUGGAGCGCCUCCUACACCGUGGCCAGCAUGACGUGGGAUGGCACGGACGGCGUCGAGCUCACCUACACCGGGGAGAGCAAGUUUGGGUCCAAUUCCUUCGGAGGCUACACGCCCCAGAUCCUCACGAAUUUCGACAUCAACAACGAUGGCAUCGAUGACAUUGCCGUCAACUCAGAAGGAACCAACCACGGCGGCCGAGUGAACAUUUUCUUCGGCAAGAGCAGCUGGUCACCGGUUGAUGGCUCCACCUUCGACGGGACCGCCGGCUUCUCUUUGACGGAUGCAGACAAUGCCAGGCUGGGGCGCGGCCUGACAGUGGGAGACAUCAACGGAGACGGCAUCGAUGACCUCGUGGCCACCAGCAGAAGCGACCAACCGUUCAAUGGAGCUGGCUGCAUCUACGUGUUGUACGGAGGCAGCACCUACCCCGCUCUCAUCGCUGACAUCUACUCACACGUCGAUGGCACUACUGGCUUCCGGUUGUGUGGCUCGGCGGCGAACACCUACUUUGCAGACUACUUCGUCACUGCAGCGGACUUCAACGGCGACAGCAUUGCAGACCUACUGUUUGCAGGACGUGGCACCCAAACCGGCCUGUACCUGCUCUUCGGCAAGGCAACCUUUCCUGCCAGUGUGACUCUGCCGUUGGCCAGCGGCGAGGGGAUUUCCUUCACCGGCUUAAGCAACCCGGCACUUGUGAAAGCCCCGAACCUCGGCAAAUUCAACAGCGACCAGUACGAUGACAUCGCGCUUGCGGAAGGCAGCAACGUGUACGUCGUCUUCGGCAGUGCCAGUUCGGGUGACACAGUUGACCUCACAGCACUGAGCGGCACCGACGGCUUCAAGCUGACAGACAGCAACACCUUCAGUAUGAGCUUUUACUCCCCGAUUGACAUGACGGGAGAUGGGUCGACGGAUCUCGUGCCAUUCGUCCAGGAGCUCACAUUUCCCACAUUCACAACAAUCACAAGCCCAUACGUCAUCGUGGGCAACGGACCUUCCACGGCUGGAUCCGCGGGAUCUGGAGGCACCUCGACCACCUCCACCAGCAGCUUCUCCACCUCAGCAACCACAGGCAGCUCUACUUCAACGAUGGAAACUACUUUAACAGAGACUUCCUCUUCUACAUUUACAUCCACGGAGACUUCCUCUUCUACAUUUACAUCCACAAGAACAUUGAGCAGCUCCUCCACCUUCAGUAGCACAACGUCCUCUUCCGCCUCAACGACCACCAGCACCUCCAUCUCAAUGACAACUUCAAGCGUCACAGAAACUACAUCUACCCUGACAAUAAACAACUCCUCCAACCUGAGCAUCACGACAGAGAACAGUGUGGAGGAGACAACUACUACCACCUCCCAGCAGGCGGGCCAGGCUCCCGGGGGAACCGCUAAUGAGACCACCGUCGCAGUAGUGAACCUUACGACCACAGAGGAAGGAAACAGCACCGCAGAAGGGGCUGCCACCACCACCGUGGGGGACGCAGAGGAGAGUAUCAUUGACUUUCAAGGUGGCUGGAGGACUGAAGAUGAUGAUGGUCUAGAAGGAUGGGUAAUCCUCACCAUUGCAGUGGUGGUGGUGAUUCUCAUUGGGGUAGCAGUGACGCUUGUGACAUGCUGUGCGGUUAUGGUGUAUGACAAGAAGGAAAGGGAAAAGAAAGCAAAUGAGCAGGGACAGUCCACUCCCACCGCAGAAGAGGUUUGA